GCCGGUUCAAACAAGGACUUUGACACUCAACACAUCAGCUCCCAGCACCAUGACCAGGUCGUGUAGCAUCAUCCGCUGGCUCGUCGGUACGCUGCUUCUGCUCGUCCUUGCUGUUGCUGCCACAGACAAGAAGGUCCCUCGCUGCGAAGACGUUGAUUGGCACGAGCUUCACAACAGCCUCGUCGCGCUCACGAACGACCCGUCGGUCACCGCUUGCAUGGCCGACGCGCCACUGCAAGGGAUCGCCAAGCUCAACGCGCCGACGCUCAAGGCCUUGUUGAGCAGCCCUGCGUGCGAGACGCUAUACGCCAAGCUGGCCGUGGUGUAUAACAGCGACAAGCUACCAGUAUGCACGCUUGACAAGGCCGACACACGCUACAAGAACCUUGGCAGCUGGUCCUUUGCGCAGUUCAAGGAGCUCUACAGCGCCCUCGUCGAGCGGCUUCCAGCCUAAGACCUAGUGUCGUAGCCUUAUGUGUAACUCUCUACAGUAGAC